UAUCCUGGGACCAAAGAAAACCAGCAUUAUAUUAACUUAUUCCAACGGCUCAAGAUACACAUAAUAAUCUGCCCAAUGCAAAUAUCUCCACCAGAUUUAAUGGACUUUCUUCCCCAUCUCCUGUUAACUAUGACCUGUAGUGUCUUUCCCUUACUCAUCUGUUUCAUUUUCUAUCACCGAAACAGACCAACAAGAAAAUGCACCGUCCCUCAAGCUGGUGGUGCUUGGCCAAUUAUUGGUCAUCUCCAUCUCUUUGGUGGUCAGCAACUGACCCACAAAACAUUAGGAGCUAUGGCUGACAAGUAUGGACCAGUUUUCACUCUAAGGCUGGGUUCACAAAGAGUUUUGGUUUUGAAUAGUUGGGAAAUGGCCAGAGAGUGUUUUACUGUUCAUGACAGGGCCUUUUCCACCAGACCAAGUAUCGCUGCCUCAAAGUUGCUUGGCUAUGACUAUGCUAUGUUUGGAUUUGCUCCUUAUGGAUCAUACUGGCGUGAGAUGCGAAAGAUAGCUACAAUUGAACUUUUAUCAAACCAUAGACUUGAUAUGCUCAAGCAUAUUCGAGAAUCAGAGGUGCAAAUUGUAAUCAAAGAACUAUACAAGUUAUGGAUCAGCAAAGGAAGUGGAGGAGGUGGAGUUUUGGUGGAUAUGAACCAAUGGUUUGAGGAAUUGACUAAUAAUAUUGCUUUGAGAAUUGUGGGAGGGAAGAGAUAUUUUGGAGUUAAUGCUGAUUUUGAGGAAAAAGAAGCGAGACAAUGUAGAAAAGUGAUGAGGGAUUUUUUUUAUCUGUUUGGGGCAUUUGUGCUGUCUGAUGCGAUUCCAUCUCUUGGCUGGUUAGAUAUUAAUGGAUAUGUGAAAGCAAUGAAGAAAACUGCAAAAGAAUUGGACAUCCUGAUAGGAGGCUGGCUGGAGGAGCAUAAGCAAAAGAGAUUAAUGGGUGGGAAAGGAAGAAAAAAGCAGGAUUUCAUGGAUGUGAUGCUGAAUAUCCUUGAUGAUUCCAAGAUUUCUGGUUAUGAUGCUGAUACUAUUAUUAAGGCUACUUGUCUGAACCUGAUAUUGGCAGGAAGUGACACUACCAUGGUUUCUCUAACUUGGGCUCUGUCUUUACUACUCAACAAUUCCCAAGAGCUGAAGAAGGCACAAGAUGAGCUUGACAUCGUCGUUGGAAAAGAAAGACAUGUGAAAGAAUCAGAUAUCCCAAAUUUAAUCUACCUCCAAGCUAUCGUCAAAGAAACACUACGUCUCUACCCACCAAGCCCUAUAAUUGGUCUUCGAGCUGCUAUGGAAGACUGCACCCUCUCCUCUGGCUACGUCAUUCCUACUGGGACACGCUUGAUGGUCAAUGCCUGGAAAAUUCACCGUGAUCAGCGUGUGUGGCCUAAUCCUCACAAGUUUGAACCAGCGAGAUUUUUGACAAUAAAUAAGGACAUAGAUAUGAAGGGUAAGAAUUAUGAGUUCAUUCCUUUUGGCUCAGGAAGGAGGUCAUGUCCAGGGGCAUCACUGGCCCUCCAGGUAGUACAUUUGGCAUUGGCUAGCUUCUUGCACAGUUUUGAAGUUACUAAACCAUCCAAUGAAGAUGUGGACAUGACUGAGAGCACUGGCUUGAUAAGUUUGAGAGCAAAACCACUUGAAGUUUUCCUUAAUCCGCGUCUUAAUGAUAAUCUUUAUGAACUGUAAUUUAAUGAAAUUAUGUAGGAUAAAGGGUCUGAGAUUAAAAUGAUGUCAAUGCAGGCAUGUUGCUUCUGCUUGCAGUAUGUUCCUAGUUCAUUUCUCAAAAAACAUUGCAUCAAUUUAAAGCCUGAUUUAAUUCUUCACUACCAGAAUGACAAGUGGUCAUUGAAGGUCAUCACAAGGAAUGAUGACCAUUGUACUAUAACUACCGGUUGGAUCAAUUUUGUGAAGAAGAAUGAGAUUAAAGCAAAGAACAAACGUGUAUUUGAUGCUGUCUUUGCCAGAAGGAAUACAUGCAAAGAUGCAUGUGCAAGUUAUCCAUGCAGAAGCAAGAGUUAAAAAACAUAACAGGAUGACAAGAUUUUCCGACCCCUGCCCCCAAUAAUGGAAAAGAUUCAAAUAUGAUGGGAAUUUUUUGUUCAAUGUUAAGAUAUUUGGUCUAAAUGGAUGUAAGAAGGAGGUUGUAAAUAAUGAUGGGAUUGAACUUGGACAAGUUAAAGACGAAGAAGAGGAAGAACAAAAGACGAAAGAAGAUAAUGAAAAGGCUCAAACAGAUGAGAGUUGGCUGAAAAAGAGAAAUCAGUCCAUCUCAUGAAGAGGGUGGAAGUAAAACGUGCUACAACAAAACUGGAAGAAACAAGGUCCAAGAUACUGCAGAGUGUGUUUCACCAAAGAAUCCUCGCUUUAUUGUGAAUAGUACUGUCAAUAUACCAAGGGAUGAAAAAAUGCCUUUUGGCUUCUUCUUAUGUGAGUAUGUGACCUUCACAUAUGGCUAAAAUUGAGGAGUAUGACAAGUUGUAACACCACAGUUGCUCUCAGGACUAUUUUCCGUUUUGCUGUAGUUCUGUGUGAUAAGAGCCUACAGGAGUUGAGUGCAGUUUACAUGUAUUUUUGUUUUGGUUUAAUUAAUUGUGUAAUGGUAUAUACUAAUCCAAAAUUAUUAUGUAUAAAGAAUUUCUUUGCAUUAUAAAAUGCUAGUAUGCUGUCUGUAAUUUGAAAAUAGUUUAGACGAAAGCAUUCGAAAUUAUAGUA